GAAAACAGCCACCCCACAAUCUUUCGGACAGGGGAGAAUAUCAGUUACACUUACCUUCAAAAACAUAAGGUGGCUGGGCCACACAGCGGCGUAGAAGAUGGAUAUGUCAAAACAUAAAGUCGUUUAUUGAUAACGGCCGAUGCUAGAGGUUUUUUUUUUCUCCACUGGCGGAAUAUUAAUCAGUCUGCAUGAACUGCCGGUGUAAUUUGAAGACAAAGAAAAGGAUAACUUGUAAUACCUGGAGAAAACUGACCACUGUCUGUUAUGAAUGUUUCACGUUACCACAGUGGUACCAUUAUUGUGAGUGAAGGCUGGCCUAACGAAACUUCCUGAACAUGCUGAGCUUCCUUCGCCGGACUUUGGGCCGGCGGUCUAUCCGCAAACACGCAGAGAAAGCUCGACUCCGAGAAGCUCAGCGAGCCACAACACACAUCCCCGCUGCUGGAGAUGCCAAGUCCAUCAUCACCUGCCGAGUGUCUUUGUUAGAUGGCACUGAUGUCAGUGUUGAUUUGCCGAAAAAAGCCAAAGGUGCAGAGCUGUUUGAACAGAUCAUGUAUCACCUGGAUGUCGUCGAGAAGGAUUACUUUGGCCUGCGCUUCAUGGAUUCAGCCCAAGUCCCGCACUGGCUUGAUGUCACCAAAAGCAUCAAAAAGCAAGUCAAAAUUGGACCACCAUAUUGCCUCCAUAUGAGAGUAAAGUUCUACUCCUCAGAGCCCAACAACUUACACGAGGAGCUAACAAGAUACCUUUUUGUACUACAGUUAAAGCAGGACAUUCUCAGUGGCAAGUUAGAGUGUCCAUUCGACACAGCGGUGGAAUUGGCUGCUUAUGCAUUGCAGGCUGAAAUGGGUGAUUGCGACCCUGCCGACCACGCACUUGACCUGGUGUCAGAAUUCCGCUUCAUCCCAAACCAGACGGAGGAAAUGGAAGCAGCUAUUUACAACACAUGGAAGGAGUGCAGGGGCCAGACGCCAGCACAAGCCGAGAUAAACUAUUUGAAUAAGGCCAAAUGGCUGGAGAUGUAUGGGGUGGACAUGCAUAUGGUCAAGGCACGAGACGGAAAUGAAUACAGCCUAGGUCUGACCCCCACCGGAGUGCUCGUGUUUGAGGGGGAAACUAAGAUUGGCCUGUUCUUCUGGCCCAAGAUCACACGUCUGGACUUUAAGAAAAGUAAACUCACCCUGGUGGUAGUGGAGGAUGAUGAACAGGUAAUGCAGGAGACGGAAGAGGGAAAGGAGCAGGAGCACACGUUUGUCUUUCGGAUGGACCAUCCGAAGGCUUGCAAGCAUCUGUGGAAGUGUGCCGUAGAGCACCAUGCUUUCUUCCGCUUACGUGGCCCGGUCCAGAAGAGUUCUGCACGCUCUGGGUUUAUCCGCAUGGGCUCACGUUUCAGAUACAGUGGGAAGACAGAAUAUCAGACAACUAAGGCCAACAAAGCUAGACGAUCUGCCUCAUUUGAAAGAAGACCAAGCCGCCGUUACUCUAGAAGGACCAUGCAGAACAGAGGUCCUAACAAAUCCUCAGAUAACCACAAUAAUGGAGUGAGCCCAAGCUUAGAAACAAAGCCCACCCAAACACGGCCUCCCUGGUCCGGUAUGCCUGUGGUCAGCAGCCCGCCCUCUGCACCAUGCCCCAUGGAAAUCGAAACCCUCCCCAGGAGCCCCGGAGGCAGCCAAUUGGACAAGAGGAGCAUGCCCUUGGUGACUGACCUCUUGGAGACAUGCGUAGAUGAGGUUCUUCGAGCCCCUGUUCCCAUGGUGACAGCAGAAGAAGUGGGACCAGGUGCUGCUCAUACCACCGCCAGCACAGCCACAGAAGAGACCCUUUCUCUCACCGAGGCUGCAGCUCGGCUCAAGCAACUAGAGAUUGAAAACACUCCAGUGUCUGCUCCAGCCAAAACCAACGUCAACCUCAACAUGAACAACCAGGAGGAAGUGGCCAAGCUGACAGAGAAAAGUUUGAAUAGUGUGGGCAGCAGUCCUGUCCUGAACCAGCUCAGAUCUCCUGAGGAACUCAAGAGCAACAUCCUGAAAGCUCAGGCAGAAGCAGCACUCAAGGAUUCUAGAGAUGAGCUUGGACUGACUCCAGACAAGAACUGUAACCUGCAGGAGGCAGCAGCCAGGUUGACGGGUCGUGGAGGGCGUAUGGGAAGCACAACUUCUCUGCCAGUGAGUGGGAGAGCGGAGCGCCAGGAGUCCUGGGACCUGCUUAAACAGCCCGGCCUGCUGCCCUGCUCUACCAGCAGCCUGGAAGAGAACGCAGAUGACUUCAUCUCUUCUGUGCCGACUCUGUCAUCAGAUCCAGUGAAUGAGGCCCAGUCAUCCAAGGUCAAAGUUCAGGAUCCUGAGCCGCUGACAGCCUCUCUGACUGAUAACCUGAUAGACUUCACAGACCCCAUCCCUGUAGUGCCAGCUCCCAAACCCACAAUCACUCCUCGAUGGAUCAUUCCAGCAUCAGCACCUAUACAGUCUGGCACCUUUACUAACGGCCUCCUUGACUGUACAGCAAAGAUGUCAUCUCACCAUCCUGAAGGAGCUGCUAUUUCCUCACUCCCCCAUCUCUCUCACACACACAAUGUGAUUGCCACCAGCAUUGUGGCUCACCCAAUCAAGGACGACAACCACAAACCCAAAGGUCUGCUGACUACUGAACUCUGAGAGCAACGCUUUGAGCACAUGCCCAGCACCUGUCAUUGGACCAUCAAAUGUUUCCCUACAUUCCAGUCAAACACAUUCCAGUGCCCUUACAAUGCAGGCACAGACAACUGGACUCUGGGCAUGCUUGGGGUUGCAGUUUCAUCUUUAAGAAUGCCGACUUUUGACAGAUGGCAUCCGCAAGGCCAGGUCUCAACGCUGGUGACCAAGAAUAAAAGAUUUGAACUCAGUUUAAGUGCACAAAGGGCUAACAGCAGGGUACAGUGUUUGGGGACCACCAUUCCUUUUAUAACUUUUAUACCUCUUUUAAGUGACUCUACACAGCCCUUUGGUGUAGCAGAAGCACAUAAAUGAAGGGAUGUUUGAUCAUCUAGAAUGUUUGAUCCACCUGCUGUCCACUUCCUGUUCAGAUGACUGUGAAAGAACUUGUGAUCCCCUUGGAUCGCAGUGCAUCACUGACUAUUUUAGAACUGGAGUAGUUUUUCCUACAGAAAUUCUAUUUUUUAAUCUUUUUGCCUUUCUUUUGCUCUGCUUUCUAUGUUCUUAUGAAGUAGCUGCAUUCACAUACACUUUUAAGUACUGUACUCUAAACUGCACAUUUGUUAGAGCACUGUUGUGUAGCAUUGGGCAACUCAUGAAGUCAUUGAGCCAAGAUAUGCUGUUUGAAUCUUUUAUCAAUGCUGUUUUUAUCCAUACAUAGUAGUUAUGAACUGCCUUAUUUUAAUAGCUCACAGAUUUUAAAUGUACAUGAACAUAUUACACCAUAACGUUACAGUGUAAUUUGUCAUCUAUUGUGUUUAAUUGAAAUAUUUCACUGGGUGUUCUGUGUAGAGUGUAAAUGCAGUUCUUAAGUGUGCUUCACAGUUUAAAAAUGCUGUAUUAGAUGUUAUGUGAGACACAGGAGCAGCUGAGACCUCUGUCACCCACUGGCUCAUACAGUAUCGAAGACUUGGACCAUGUAAACAAACUAAAAUGUUAUUCACUGUGAUACAAUGGAGGGGGGAAAAAAAUCACCACGCACAGUCUGUGCCGGUGGUUACCGCAAAUGAGAGGCCUUUCAUGGACCCUUCCUCCUCCACGGCAAGUUCCACAAGCAUUUGCUGCUAUUUUUCAGUACACUAAAAAGUAAUUGGUAUAAUCACUGGAUCUGAAAUCACUGGGAUGAAAUGUUUAGAGGUCAAAUUUUACCUUUUUAUACAGUCAAUUCUUGUAAAUAAUUAUAUGUUGGUUGUUUAUAUGGUCUGUCUGUUCUGAUUUGCUGUCUUUAGUGGAAGUGCUCAGUCACAGAAGGCAGUUGUAGCUGGAAUCUGUUGAUAUGCUAAUCAUUUUCUUCUCCAAGUCUCACACUGUAGGCUGAUUUACAUAUAUUAAUGACCUGUAGAUGUCACAGCAAUGAUCUGUUUAUAUCAAUACACUGACUGUAAGCCUUGUCAUUUUGUAUAAUGUGACAUUACACAAGUAAAGAUAUUUUAACAUUGU